AUGAAGCUCUAUUUAUUCAAUGCCAUUACUGUCGCAAUCUCUCUUGCGGUUGCCAUCGCGGCUACUCCUGCUCCAGUCCAGGCCGAGAGGGGCGAACUCGAAACUGAUGGCCGGGGCGGGUACAACCGCGUGAGGUCCCCAGAGGCUACACCCGCUGUCGACGCUAUGAAGAGAGCUGAAUUGGAAGAUGACGCUGGGAGAGGAGGAUAUAAUAAGCGAGCUGACGCUGAGGCGGAUGGACGUGGCGGCUACAACAAGCGUAGCGAAGCCGAGACUGGCGGGCGAGGCGGAUAUAACAAACGUAGUAGAUGGGGCGGAUAUGAUAUACGUUCCGAUCUCGAAGGAGACGGCCGUGGUGGAUACAACAAGAGAGCUGAUCAGACCAACGGCAGAGGUGGCUACAACAAACGAUCUGAGCUCGAGACCGACGGAAGGGGUGGUUACAAUAGGAGAACCGACUUGGAGAGCGACGGAAGGGGUGGCUACAACUGA